CUUCUUCUAGGCAAAGCUGCCGGCAGUCAACGCCGAGCAAGCGCCUGCAGUUGCCACCAGCCCCUCGCACCAACUUGAUUUCCCAAGUGGGUGUGUGUGCUUGUUUGACAAAUGUUUGGGCGCAGGCCGGUCCCAAGGACUUCCUCCGCUACUUUCAUCUCCUUCUUCCCACCCCCACCCCCCACCCCGCCUUUCUCCUCCCAGGCCCAAAGCAGAGAGCUUUACUGGAGUCUCCGAGUCUCCUUUGAACCGCAAGUGAACUCCAGGGCUGCGCUCGCGACUCAGCUCCGGCUGUUGCCGCUGGCUCCCUCUGCCUCAGGGUGAAGUCUCGCUCAUCUCUGGUCUCCCCAGGGGAGCGCGACCCCGGCUGUAGCCAGGCACGGAGCAUCUUAGCUGUCUUCCCCCCUUGGGUGCUGCUUCCUACCCCCACACCGCUUCAACCCCUACCCCACCCCACACUCCGUUUUGCGGGUUGGAGCAUGGUUCUCAUGUGACUUUCCCCCCUUUUCAUGGACAGUAUCUGCACCUUUAGCAGUUCGGAGCUGGCUUCUGUUUUCCGUUAGUGCUUUGCUGCAGGGACAAAUGCAUACAAAUGCAUUUAGGAGCCUACAGGACAAGGCAUGGAAAGGUCUCCCCCACCUCAAAAACGAAACUGCUUCUUCGUUUUAUUGCACUAUGUGUGGCCUGGAUUACUGCUCAUGCGCAGGAACAAGGCAUAGAUAUUCUUCACCAACUAGGCCUUGGAGGCAAAGACAUAAGAUACACAUCCACAGUGAUGGCCGUGCCGUCAUCAUCCACAGCAUUAUCUCAGGGGGUCCAGUUAACAGAAUUUGGCAUCCUUUUGAAAGAUAGUGCCUACAUUGAGUCACCUCUUGUGAACAUUUUACCAGUGAGUUUAAGGCAGCCACUGACAAUAUUGAUUGGGCUGCAAUCACAUAAAGUGAGCAAUGCAUUUCUCUUCAGCAUUCGGAAUAACAACAGGCUGCAAUUAGGAGUGCAGUUACUACCGAAGAAACUAAUAGUGCAUGUUGGAGGAAAGCAAUCAGUGACUUUCAACUACAGUGUCCAUGAUGGGCGAUGGCACUCACUUGCCAUCACCGUUAGCUACCAUGUUGUCUCCAUGUUUGUUGAAUGUGGAAAGGGAAAGUUUAGUGGAGUGACAACUUCAGAAGCUCUGACCUUUGACCCUCACAGUGUGUUUACCUUGGGAAGUAUGAAUAGUAAUUCUGUCCACUUUGAGGGAACGGUGUGCCAGUUGGAUAUUAUUCCUGCCACAGCAGCAUCUGCAGACUACUGCAGCUACGUGAAACAGCAGUGCCCCCGAGCACACGCAUCCCAAGCCGAAGCGAGCCUUCCUCACGCAGCAGUAAUUCCAACCACACACCCUGCCUUGCCCAAAGGGUUUGGUGAGGCAGAAUCGCCACAAAAGACACUCGCAGAACACAGCCCCUUACCCAAAGAAUUCGGUGAAAUAGAAUUGGCGCAGAAGACAUUCACGGAUGGCAAAGGCAUUCCAAAUAACAGAAACAAUGCUUCUGCCGCAGCACGUGAUAGCCAACAGCACCAGACAUCAAGGUCUCUGUUUGCUUCUUUCCAUUCAGGGAAUAUCUCAGCUGUGUCUCUCCCAGACUAUGGAGUUCAAGCUAAAGAAAUCACCACCCAAGAAGAGAAAAGGUUAAACCUGUCAGUGUCCCAUCACCGCCCCAGCGAGGCAAAAAUGAGUAGAGAGGAGAACAUGAGCCCUCACUUAGCUGCAUCAGACAACAUCACCCAACACAAUGAGGAAGCAGCUGGCCUGACCCUGCCUAAGAAAGCACCAUCUGGCAUUGCACACACGAAUCAAGAUGCCGUGACUAAUCUUAAGAAGGCUAUCACAACCAAUCUACACACCAAUGAACUCGUGGAAACGGAACAGGUUUUGAACACCACCUUGUAUAGAGUGACACAUGGGCCCUCUGUGGAUAACCACCUUGAGCGAAGGAAGGACGGUGAAUCUUACCCUGAUGCUACUUAUCCCACGGAAAAUAGCUAUGACACCCAGCCUUACGAUUACUAUUACUAUGAGGAUUAUAUUGCGAUGCUGGACAUGGAGUAUCUGAGAGGGCCAAAAGGAGAUGCCGGACCUCCCGGUCCCCCUGGUCCGGUGGGUAUCCCAGGUCCGUCAGGCAAAAGAGGCCCACGGGGUAUUCCAGGACCACAUGGAAAUCCUGGGUUACCUGGAUUGCCAGGUCCAAAGGGCCCCAAAGGAGACCCUGGGUCGUCUCCAGGCCAAGCUGCUUCUGGAGAAAAGGGUGACCAAGGUCUUUUUGGAUUAGUGGGCCCCCCUGGUUUACAAGGUGAAAAGGGUCUCAAAGGACACCCAGGGCUCCCUGGACUCCGUGGUGAACAAGGCAUUCCGGGACUCGCUGGUAAUAUUGGCUCACCUGGCUACCCUGGCAGGCAGGGUUUAGCUGGACCAGAAGGUAACCCAGGCCCUAAAGGUGUCCGAGGUUUCAUUGGCUCUCCUGGAGAUGCAGGACCCCUGGGACCUGAAGGAGAAAGGGGCGCUCCUGGGAUCCGCGGGAAGAAGGGUCUGAGGGGAAGGCAGGGUUUUCCAGGUGAUGUUGGAGACAGAGGCCCCGCUGGUCUGGAUGGCAGUCCUGGGCUUGUAGGUGGCAUCGGACCUCCUGGGUUCCCUGGUCUGACAGGAAGCGUUGGUCCCACAGGACCGAUUGGACUUCCCGGAUCUCCUGGCCCAAUGGGCCUUUCAGGAAAUAGAGGACCACCUGGAAUCAAAGGUGAUAAGGGUGAGCAAGGCAUGGCAGGGGAGCCAGGAGAACCUGGGUAUCCUGGAGACAAGGGUACCAUUGGCUCACCAGGACCACCAGGGAUGAGAGGAAAGUCAGGCCCUUCAGGUCAACCAGGUGAUUCAGGACCCCAGGGACCACCUGGCCCUCCAGGACCAGAGGGCUUUCCAGGAGACAUUGGGAUUCCUGGACAAAAUGGACCUGAAGGACCAAAGGGACACUUUGGAAGCAGAGGGCCUCCUGGGCCUCCAGGUCUCAAAGGAACUCAGGGAGAAGAAGGACCGAUUGGACCCUUUGGAGAACUGGGAUCAAGGGGAAAACCAGGUCGAAAAGGGUACAUGGGUGAACCAGGGCCAGAAGGCUUGAAGGGAGAAGUAGGAGACCAAGGAGAUAUUGGGAAAAUUGGUGAAACAGGACCUGCUGGUUUACCUGGAGAAGUAGGGGUAACUGGAAGCAUUGGUGAAAAGGGAGAGCGUGGAAGUCCAGGCCCACUUGGUCCUCAGGGAGAAAAAGGUGUCAUGGGUUACCCAGGUCCUCCUGGGGCUCCAGGACCCAUGGGCCCACUGGGAUUACCUGGUCUUGUUGGGGCAAGAGGUGUACCUGGGAGUCCGGGCCCUAAAGGACAAAGAGGACCUCGAGGACCAGAUGGCCUCCCAGGGGACCAAGGGGGACAUGGUGCCAAGGGUGAAAAGGGAGACCAAGGAAGAAGAGGGCUUCCUGGUCUUGCUGGUAAGACUGGAAGCCCUGGGGAGAGGGGAGUUCAAGGAAAACCAGGCUUACAAGGACUGCCUGGCAGCUCAGGAGACAAGGGACUUGCAGGAGAACCAGGACUACGAGGACUGCCUGGUAAUGCUGGACUUCCUGGAGAGAUGGGUGUGGAGGGUCCCCCAGGCACUGAGGGAGAAUCUGGCCUACAAGGUGAACCAGGUGCUAAGGGAGAUGUUGGACCUGCUGGCAGUGCUGGGGCAGCUGGGGAGCCAGGGCCUCGUGGUGACCCAGGAGCUCCUGGAGAAGAAGGUCUCCAAGGAAAAGACGGAUUAAAGGGGGCCCUAGGAGGAAACGGACAUCCUGGAGAAGAUGGAGACAAAGGAGAGAUGGGCUUACCAGGAGCAGCAGGGCCCUUGGGUACACCAGGUCAAAUGGGUCUUCAAGGACCUGAAGGAAUUGUGGGAGCCCCAGGAGAAAGAGGUCGACCAGGGAAAAAGGGUGACAAAGGGCGAAUAGGAGCCGUGGGAGAAGUUGGAAGCAGAGGUUCCCCUGGACAAGUCGGGAAAAGUGGUGCUAAGGGUGCCAGAGGAACUAGAGGUGCUGUGGGUCCAUUAGGAUCGAUGGGACCUGAGGGAGAACCGGGAAUCCCAGGAUAUGGAGGCCCUCAAGGUCAACCAGGGCCCUCGGGAUUGCCAGGACCCAAAGGAGAAAAGGGCUACCCAGGAGAAGACAGCAAAGUCUUAGGACCUCCUGGGCCUCGAGGUGAACCAGGGCCAAGGGGGGAACGAGGAGAGCGAGGAGAGCAUGGCGAAGAAGGCUAUAAGGGCCAUAUGGGUGUGCCAGGACUCAGAGGUGCCACUGGACAGCAAGGGCCACCAGGUGAACCAGGAGACCCGGGUGGACAAGGACUGAAAGGAGAGAGAGGAGCUGAAGGUCCUAAGGGGAGCAAAGGAGUUCCUGGUCCUUCUGGGAAACCUGGCAUUCCGGGACUUCCAGGUCUUCCUGGGCCAAAAGGCUUGCAAGGCUACCAUGGAGUAGAAGGCAUGACAGGAAAUCCUGGGAAACCUGGGCUGCUGGGAAAACAAGGACUUCCGGGUGUCACAGGCAGCCCAGGAAGAAUAGGACUGGCUGGAUCUCCAGGUCCUCGAGGAGGAGAGGGUUCAUCGGGCCCUCCAGGAAGCCCUGGUGUUCCAGGCCCAAAGGGUGAACGAGGGCUACCUGGUCAACCUGGAGUUCCAGGUAAAAGAGGUCAGCGUGGAGCUCAAGGUGACCAAGGACGACAUGGAGAGCCUGGUCUCAAAGGGCAGCCUGGAGAACAUGGUGACCAAGGUUUGACAGGCUUCCAGGGGUUCCCAGGCCCCAGGGGUCCAGAGGGUGAUGCUGGCAUUGUUGGAAUUGUGGGCCCUAAAGGUCCUAUCGGGCAGAGAGGAAACACUGGCCCUCUUGGCAGAGAAGGUAUAAUAGGCCCCACAGGUGGAACUGGACCCAGAGGAGAAAAAGGCUUUAGAGGUGAAACUGGCCCCCAAGGACCAAGAGGUCAGCCAGGACCCCCUGGUCCACCUGGAGCACCUGGUCCAAGAAGACAAAUGGAUAUCAAUGCUGCUAUUCAAGCCCUGGUGGAAUCAAAUUCUGCCCUGCAGAUCGAGAGUUACCAGAAUACUGAAGUGACUUUAAUCAACCACAGUGCAGAGAUAUUCAAAACCCUGACCUACCUUAGCAGUGUACUGAGCAGCAUCAAGAGUCCUCUCGGCACGCGGGAUAACCCAGCACGGAUCUGCAAGGAUUUGCUCAGCUGCGAGUCCAAGGUUGCGGAUGGAAAAUACUGGAUUGAUCCAAAUCUUGGAUGCUCUUCGGAUGCUUUUGAGGUUUUCUGCAACUUUAGUGCUGGUGGCCAGACCUGUUUAUCUCCUGUUUCUGUGGCAAAGUUGGAGUUUGGAGUCGGCAAAGUGCAGAUGAACUUCCUUCAUUUGCUGAGCUCAGAAGCCACCCACGUUAUCACCGUCCACUGUCUAAACACCCCGAGGGGAAAGUGGACAAGCACACAGGUGGAUGGUACAGGGUUGUCUAUUCGUUUCAAAGGAUGGAAUGGUCAGAUUUUUGAAGAAAACACUCUACUUGAACCUCAAGUCCUCUCAAAUGACUGCAAGAUGCAGGAUGGCAGCUGGCACACUGCAAAGUUCCUGUUUCACACCCAGAAUCCUAACCAGCUUCCUGUGACUGAAGUCCAAAAUCUUCCUCAUCGCAAAACUGAGAGAAAGCACUACAUUGAAAGCAGUGCCGUGUGCUUUCUCUGAUGCCUCUGUG